AUGUUGGCCAAGGCUGAGAAUAGAACGGGAGUCAAGUUCCUGCACACAGAUGGAGAGAAAUACUGUGCAAGUGAAGAGUGGGCAGGCAGGUUAAAUAAGAACAGACAAGACAGUUUCAGUAAAACACGAAGCCUAUGCAACAAAAGGAAGUGUUAGAGGCAGAAUUAUAAAGAGGUGCUUGUCAGCGUUACUGGAUUCCCCCUUCUGAGAGAGCAGCCGUGCCUCCGAGUGCUGAUCUUCUCCCUCCUAGCAGGAUGAUCAAUAACGAUUACCUGAUUGAGUGCAAGUUGGAUCCAGAAGACCCUCAUUUGCAGGAGCCAGGAUCUCCCAUGUUCCUGCAGUCCACUAUCAACACACCACCCAAGGCAGACCCUCGGGACCCACGUGGGAUCAACCAGCACCUUAAGCUGGAAUUCUCCGACAUCCUUGCUGAGCCUUCCUCGUUUCGCAGCUUUGACCGGGUUUGGACCUGGAGUGACAUCGUCUUUGAGAGUUCGCGCCUCUGGUGCUACCGCAUCAUCUCGCUGCUGUGUGCUGUGCCCGUCUCCCUGUUCUCGGGCUUUCUCUUUGCCUGCCUAGGCUGCCUGCACAUCUGGUGUGUGAUGCCCUGUAUCCAGCUCUGCACAAUGGCAAUGCCUCCGGUUCGCACCCUCUGGGCCAGCAUCCUGGAUGUUGUGGUGGCCCCACUUUUCACCAGCCUGGGCCGCUGCUGCAGUGCCAUCUACCUCACCAUUACUCAGAAGUGACACAGAGGCGCCUCCUCCCCCAAGACCCACAUGCCAAAGACUUUCCUUCCCAUUUCAUUCAGAGCCACUAAACAGGUUGGAUUUCGCAGCAGAGAGUAGAGCUCACAGGGAGCUUUUAGCCUUGGGUCAGAAAAGGGGAAUUGUGGGUGAGGGAGCAGGUCAGAGGGAAGGAAAACAAGGAGGCCAGAGGAUGAGGGAAAUGGUGCUUCAGAGAGAAGUCUCAAAAUGAAACAUUCGUAUUCUAUUCUCUUAUUCUUCUAUUCUCUUUUUUGUCCAGACCUGCAGAAAGAAUUCCACAUUAUUCUAGGAGUGGGCUCUCCAUGGUCCUCCCUGUGUUCCUUGGAUGAAGGGUGGUAUAAUUUUUAAUAAUAAUAAUAGGUGAGGAAAUUUCAAAACUACCCUCCUCUGUCCCUGAGAUUCUAGCUGGCUCAUCUGUUGGUUAGUAUCUCAGAGACAGGGAUGGGGAUCCACCUGGCUUUGCACACAAGACAGUCUCUGGCUACUGGCCAUCCUGUCUGGGGCUGAUGGGAGCUGAAGUCCAACCACUUUUGGCCUAAGCGUCUCCUCCCCCAUCAUUCAGCCCGGACACUGAGGUCCAGCGCCGAGGGCCUUCUGGCGGUUCCCUCGGUACGAGAAGCCAAGUUACAGGGAACCAGGCAGAGGGCCUUCUCGGUAGUGGCACCCACCCUGUGGAAUGCCCUCCCACCAGAGGUAAAAGAAUAACAAUUACCAGACCUUUAGAAGGCAUCUCAAGGCAGCCCUGUUUAGGGAAGCUUUUAAUGUUUGAUGGAUUUCUUUGUUUUAAUGUUUUGUUGGAAGCCGCCCAGAGUGGCUGGGGGAACCUGGCCAGAUGGGCGGGGUAUAAAUAAUAAAUUAUUAUUAUUAUUAUUAUUAUUAUUAUUAUUAUUAUUAUUACCCUGACUCUGACAGCCCACAUAAGAAUCUCCUCGAGGAAAAGUAACACUGGGAUUCGCCUUCUGACAUUUUGCACAGUCGGGAGACUAGGGCAACUCCAGACCCAGCGCUGGGCUCUGGGAGAAGAUGUGGUCCUUUCUGUGGGGGGCAGCCUCCACUGCCUCCAGCCCCUCCUCCCACAGCAAUAGCUGAGAUGUAAAGCUCUGUCGGCGUCGUCCCCCCCCUUAUUUAAUAAAACAGAAAAGUUG